GUGUAACAAUUGAACUCUACUGGCAUACUAUUGCAAAUAUGCAGUGUGUUAAAGAAGAGUUUAAAGAGGAGAGUGAAGACAUCAGUAUUACAGAAUCAUGCAGAAUUAAACAUGAAGAUACUGAAGAACAAAGAGGUCCAAGCCAAGGCGGGUCUGCAGCUGCUGCCAGACUUGGAAGAUAGUCUGCUACAGGGCGGGACCAAAAGCUCAAGAAAAACUUGCAGACAGCGGCGAUCGGUACCUGGGUACUCCAGUCCUCGGGGCUUCUAUGGAAGGCCUCAAGAUCAUCCUACAGUUGAAGAAAGAACAAAGGUGGUAUAUAAAGAGGAACAGCUGCAAGUGUAACAACUGAAGAUUACUGGCAUACUAUUACAAAUAUGCAGUGUGUUAAAGAAGAGUUUAAAGAGGAGAGUGAAGACAUCAGUAUUACAGAAUCAUGCAGAAUUAAACAUGAAGAUUCUGAGGAACAAAGAGAUUUGAUACAAGUGAAAGAGGAAAGUCAAGAGCUGAAUGAAGUGGAGGGGAAACAUCAUGAUCAUAAAUUUGAUAAUAUGACUGGUGAAGAAGAUUUUAGUGGCUCAAAGACUGAAAAUAAUUUCUUAAGAGCCAAAAAUUCUUUCACCUGCUCUCACUGUGGAAAGAGUUUCACACAAAAAGGAUACCUUAAAACUCACUUAAGAAUUCACACUGGAGAGAAGCCUUUCACCUGCCUUCAGUGUGGAAAGAUUUUUGCACAUAAAGUAAAUCUUAAGCGUCACAUGAGAAUUCAUUCUGGAGAAAAGCCUUUCACCUGCUCUCAGUGUGGAAAGAGUUUCUCAGUGACAUCAAGCCUUCAGAGUCACCUGCGACUUCACUCCGGAGAGAAGCCUUUCACAUGCCUUCAAUGUGGAAAGAGUUUUACACAGAGAGGACAUCUUUAUGUUCACAUGAAAAUCCACACUGGAGAGAAACCUUUUACAUGCCUUCAAUGUGGAAGGAGUUUUGCACAUAAAGGAGAUCUAAAUCGUCACAAGAGAAUUCACACUGGAGAGAAGCCUUUCACAUGCCAUCAGUGUGGAAAGAGUUUCACUCAAGCAGGGAAUCUCAAACAUCAUCUGCAUUUUCAUUCCGGGUUAAAGCCAUUUAACUGUGAUCAGUGUGGCAAGAAAUUUCUGCUGAUAUCACAUCUAAAGGUACACUUGAGAACUCAUACAAAUGAGAAGCCUUACGUGUGUUCUUUUUGUGGAAAGAGUUUUGUUACAUCGGGAGAGCUGAAAACCCAUGAGAGAGUGCAUACUAGAGAGAAGCCAUUCAAAUGCACUUCAUGUGAGAAGAGUUUCAGCACAUCAGGUAAUCUACAGACUCAUUUAAAAAAGCAUUCUCCAAAACUGUCAUAGUAAGCUAAUUUAAUUUUAGAGUCAACUCUUAUUAAUGCAACACUUCAGUCUUAACUAGUCAGUUUCAGUCAGUUUCAGUCAGUCAACUUCAGUCAGUGUAUUACAUCUGGGCCCGUGUUUACAAAGAUUUUUAUCUUACUACUUGGAGUUCUCCAAAGAGUUCCUAGCUAGGAGUUUUUGCUUAAAACCUACCAUUCACUAAACUGCUAAGAGCAAGUUUUUCUAAGAAAAUCUUUAAGAGUAAGGCGGAGUUGACCUCGCUGCUAUAGAUGAUGUCACGUCUUAUGUGCGUGCUCUUUUAAAUCACCCCAAAUGAUUGGUAGACUGGCAAGCACUAUUUGUCAGCAAAGACAGACAGCCAGCAAGAUAUAUAGAUUGAAAAGAAAGCACAUCUAAGUAAUUAAUAAAUAAUAUUAAUAAUUAAUAUUUUUAUUUAUAUAGCACCUUUCUAAUACUCAAGGUCGCUUUACAAAGCAAAGACAAAACAAAAUACAUCCAAACUAAAACAGAACAAAAAACAAAAUCACAAAGGUUUCAAAGAAAAGUUGAAGUAAUCAUUAACCUCAAGCAUGAGAGUAGCAAAGAGAAAAGAGAUGAUUUUUCAACAGCUUCUUGAAGGAUUCAUAGGAGGUGACCUCCUGGAGGUUCUGAGGUAGAGAGUUCCAAAGUCUAGGGGCCUCAACACUAAAAGACCUACCACCCAUGGAAGACAAUCUAGACUUGGGAGCAACCAAAAAAAUAGCCUCGGAAGACCUUAUUGAGCGAACGGGUAAGUAAUGCGUGAGAAGGUCUGAAAUAUUGUGGGGCAAGAUUAUGAAGAGCCUUGUAGGAGAUAAUUAGAAUCUUGUGCCGUAUGCUGUAUUCAACAGGUAGCCAGUGUAGUUGCUUGAGCAUGGGAGUAAUGUGUGCUGAUCUUCUAGUAUGUGUGAGGAGACAGGCAGCAGAGGUCUGAAUAUACUGUAGUCAUGAGAGUGUUUUAGCUGGAAGUCCUGUUAAAACAGAAUUACAAUAAUCCAAACGUGAUGUGACACAAACACGGAUUACAGUCUCUGCGUCUUGGGAACUGAGAGCGGGACGAAUGCGAGAGAUGUUACGUACAGUAAAUGGGGAAAAAAGUGGUCUUAACAACAUUGUUAACAUGGACGUCAAACAUCAGUGUGGGGUCAAAAAUCACACCCAGGUUGCGCACAGAUUUAGAUGGAUUGAUUGGAAAACCAUCCGGGUCCAUUGUAAAGAAUGACUCUAGAAAUAAGGGACUUUGGGCCAGUUAGCAGCAUUUCUGUCUUUUUCAGCAUUAAACUUUAGAUAGUUUGCUGCCAACCAGUGCUUUAAAUCAUGGAUAGAUAUGGUGUGAACCACUCCAAAGCAAUACCAGUGAUACCAAUAGCAGACAGACACGUAAGAAGUAUGUUAGGACAGAUAGUGUCAAAUGCAGAGCUGAGAUCCUGAAGUAGAAGAAUAGUGAGAACACCAGAAUCAGAGGAAAGAAGAUAAUUGAGAACCCUUAAAAGAGCAAUGCAGAGGACGGAAGCCAGACUGAUAAGGUUCAUUCAGAUUAUUAGUGGUUAAGUGAGACUGUAACUGGCUAGUAACAACUCUCCCUAAUACCUUUGAAAUGAAAGGAAGUUUAGAUACAGGCCUAUAAUUACACAAAUCAGAGGAAUAUAGACCAGAUUUUCUGAAGAUAGGGGUAACAACAGCAGUUUUAAGACCAAAUAGAACAACACCAGAGACAAGAGACAUAUUAAUCAUAUGAGAACUGGGUGAGGCAAUAGCAGACAAGCAUUGUUUUAGGAGAGAAGUAGGGGCAGUAUCCAGUAAACUUGAAGUGUUAGAUUUUCUUAUUAGCCCAGCAACCUAGGAAGUAUCAGUAGUAGUGAAACAGGAAAAAUCUUGAAUCAGGUGCCUAGGUGAAAAAUCAGUUAUAGAUGUGGUAGAUGGUGACAAAGUAUCUGUUUUAGUUUGGAAAAAACUAAUAAUAGAUUCACAGAGCUGUGUAGAGCCUAAGUUAGACUUUACAGGGUGUGAGUUUAAUAGAAGCAAAAAAUUGUCCUUGGUCAUCAAUUCAGUAGGAGUAAUAACAGUCUAAAUAUAUGUGGAGCGGGCUGAAUUUAGAGCUGAUCAGUAUUGCAAAAGAUGUUCAGAAUAUGCGAUAGAAUGGACUGUAAGUCUGGUUUUCUUAUAGAGCCGCUCAAGACGGGCACCCAUCACUUUCAUCACUCUGUGCUCGGAAGUGAACCAUGGUAAGGAAUGUGUAGGGAACGAGCCUAGAUUUUAAAGGGGCAUGUUAAACUAAGAUAGAUGAGAGGUUGGAAUUAUAUAUGUCGAGUAUUUCAACUGGGCAUGAAAGGUUAAGAGAGGAGGACAUAGAAGAGGCACUGCGAGUCAGCGAAUGAAGAUAAAUCUACAGGCUGCAGUUUAUGAUAUGGACAUUUUGAUUGUAUGACAGGAAAAUUCGAGGUAAGUAGAAUAAGUUCCCCAAAGUCAUUAGGUGUUUGCCAUGUUUCGGUGAGAAUCAGUAUGUCCAAGUCUUUCUCAGAGAUCAAGUCACAGAGGAAGGUCCCUUUACUAGAUAAUGAAUGGGUGUUAAAGCACAAUUGUUUUAUUUAAAAGUGUUCAAUAAAGCACAAAUAAAGAAUGUGUGUUCAAUAAAGCACAAUAGUGGUGAUAUACGAUUGUUCUCAUUCAUACAGCAGAUUUCAGUCUUUACCAAAGGUUUCAGCACAUGAAAGUCUAUUCCUCUGUGUUUAUGUGAUGGCAAAUUGUGAUUAUCCUGUCUAAUAGACCAGAUCGAUGGAAUACAGGUGGGCAAAGAAUAAUGUAUCAAUAAUGGUUGUCUAGUUGAAAGAUAACAAUAGCGUGGACGUCAUGAGAUUCCAAGAGCCUUACAGAAAUCAUUUGUUACGGUGUCCAGUCUAGGGAAACACUUAAGGCCACGUAGUUGUGACAAGGAGUAGCUGAGCGUCAUCUCGGAGAUGUAGAUGGCAAGCAGGCCAAAUAAGAUUAGGCUAAAAAGUCCUAAGAUGAGGAAAGGUGUGGAUAAGAAAGCCCAGGGCAGAACAUAGUUGAGUAGAAGCAGAAGAACAUAAACAAACAAACGUGUCCAUGAGAAGCGACAGCCAGUCGCGCACAGCGUUCUCUCACGAAGCGCAAGCAGGAAGGAAGAUGGAUAGAUGUGAUUGAAACAAGUGUGCAUCCAGUCUUCUACUGUGUCAAGGGAGCCCUGUGAUAGCUAUAUGAAUGCAUCCUUUUCUCUCUGCAGCGAGCACACAUUCUCAGAAAAACAUACGUUAUGAAUUGACGGACGAUGUGUGGUUGAUAGAUUAUUCUGCUGACUGAUGACAAUUCCCAAUUCGUAAUAUUAUAUUUAUAAUAUUAUAUUAUUAAAAUACAUUGACUUGUGAUUCAGGAGAUACCAUUUUAAAAGGUUAAUGUCAUAAUAAUAUUCCAAAACAUUGUUUUUAAUGUAGAUUGACAACAGCAGGCAUGCUUUGGAUCAUUUGUGAGUCACUCUUAGGGAUUUAGAAGUCCUUAAGAUGACUUCUAAACUGUCGUGGGUUUAGGAGUGACUUUUAGUGUUAAAAUGCUUCAUGAAUUACUCUUAGAUGAAUAUUUUAUGAGUUCUAAAAUUAGAUGUGACACAUCACAAAUUUUUAAGAGUUGCUCCUAAAUUUCCACGUUAGGAGCUACUUUUAGCUUUUUAUUUUAUUAGCCUUAUUUUUUGUGAAUAAGGGCCCUGACAGACGUAAUUUGAAAGUCAUAAAAAAAGAACCACAAAGGUUAGGUUUCAGUCAUAAUUAAUUAAGCUAAUGUCUGAUUGGUAAAAUGCUUUGUAUUGUAAAAUGUCAAAUGAUUUUUAUUUGUGUGUGUGUGUGUGUGUGUGUGUGUGUGUAUGUAUAUAUAUAUAUAUUUUUGUUUAUAUAUAAUUUAUUUUUUUUUGCUCUUCUCCAAACACAUUGUUCCAAAGCAGCUUUACAUAAAAUCAGCUCUAAUGUCUGUAACGUCUCAAAAACAUGAAUGACCAACACCCCUGGAAGAAAAAUAAACAAUUUGAUAAAGACUAUCUAUAGCUUGGUAUUUUAUUUCUAAAUUAAAUAAUAUGAAUAUGAAAUUAAAUUUUUCAUAUUCAUAUACAAGGAGUAGCUGAGCGUCAUCUCGGGGAUGUAGAUGCAAGCAGGCCAAAUAAGAGUAGGCU